AUGCCCCAGUCUGCGCUCGACCCCACCCGCGGACAAAAAGCAUGGGUUGAGUCGCCGUAUCUGCGCUCGCUAAUAGCAGGCGGUCUAGCCGGCACCACAGUCGACCUCUCGCUGUACCCGCUGGACACGCUCAAAACACGAUUACAAUCGUCGUCGGGCUUUGCCGCAAGCGGCGGCUUCACAGGCAUCUAUCGCGGCGUCGGCAGCGCAAUUGUCGGGUCUGCACCAGGCGCCGCCCUCUUCUUCAUAACGUACGACUCGCUGAAGCGCAGCUUCGCGCAGCCCACGGCCCGCAUACGGUACAAUGCCGCGGGGGAGCCGUACAAAGAGGAGGUAAGCGACAGUGGGCGCGAGGCCCUCGUGCACAUGGUGGCAGCGAGUCUGGGCGAGGUGGCGGCGUGUGCGGUUAGGGUGCCGACAGAGGUGGUCAAGCAACGGGCGCAGGCGUCGCAGCAUCCGUCAUCGCUGUCUGCGCUCACGCACAUCUUGAAUCAGAGACAUACCCGUGGCUUUGCGCACGUGUGGAUGGAGCUGUAUCGGGGGUGGUCGAUUACCAUUAUGCGCGAGGUUCCGUUUACGGUGAUUCAGUUUCCGCUCUGGGAGGCCCUGAAGAAGUACCGCACCGCGCAGACGGGCAGGCACGAGGUCUCGGGGUGGGAAGGUGGACUGUUGGGGAGUGUGGCCGGCGCCGUGGCCGCGGGUACCACGACGCCGUUGGAUGUGCUCAAGACGCGCAUGAUGCUUGCCAGGGAAAAACAGCCAAUGUUUAACAUGCUCACUACAAUUCUGCGAGAGUCGGGCCCGAGAGCUUUCUUCGCGGGCUUGGGGCCCCGUGUCGGAUGGAUAAGCGUCGGCGGUGCCAUUUUCCUCGGUUCGUACCAAUGGGCUAGUAACCUGUUGGGAGGCGUUGUGGAGAACUGA